GCAAUUUGUGAACGGUGUGUACUGUGUGUACAUACAGGGCUCGUGCUGCGUGUGUACUGCGUGUGUGUGAAAAAUAUACUGUGUACUGCGUGUGCAUGAAGGGCGUGUGCUGGGUGCGUAACUGUACUGCGUGCGCAUGCAGGGCGUGUACUGCAUGUGUGCUACUUGCUAUUCGAGUGUGAAAAUGAGAAUCUGUAGCUCAUCGAGCCAGUGAUUGCGUGUGUCAGGCUUAUUAACGCUUAGCUAACGACUUAAUUGCUUCCUAUCUGACAGCGCAGGUAAAUACAGUAAUCAUAAUCACUCCCCUGUGGUCUCAUUGUACAAACAUAACAAUGAUACAUGCUCUUCAAUACUUAAUGCCUCACUAAGUCUCAGGACUCAUUUUGAAGAGGGUCCUGCAUUGGGAUAUUUGGCCAAAAAUUCCAAUGUUUAUGGGAGAGUGGCUUCUCAUGGGAGGAAACGAGAGAACCCAGAGAGAGCCUAUACUGCCGAUUUGAGAGGUGACACAACCUCUCACAGAGCGAUUCAAUAAUUCAUUGCUGCACUGCCAUCUACUGGCUAUCUUGCAGCCGAUACCUGCAUCGUGUAUUACUAUCGCACGAUUACGGCCAAUGUGUAAUGUGUACACGACCUGUGUGUCCUUUGUGCACACUGCAUGUGUACUGCAUGUGUACUGCAUGUGUACACGUCCCUUAUAGUCUCUGUACUCAAUUCCUGUGUAAUGUAUGUGGGCAUGUACACAUCCUGUGUGUACCGCACGCGCACACGUCCUGCGUGUAUUUCAUAUGUACAUGUUGCGCACUGCGUGUGUAUACGUUAUGUAUGUACUUCACGUGUGCUGGUAAUGCACUCCGAGUAAACAAACAUGGAACGUUGGGCCAACCACAUGCCAACGUAGGUUCAACGUUGGCACGCAUCCUGGGCUGCCUGUGAAUACGUCCUGCGUGUACUACCUGUGAAUACGUCCUGCGUGUACUACCUGUACACACGUCCUGUGUGUACUGCCUGUGCACUGCAUGUGUGCACGACGUGUGCACAUGACACGUGUGUACCGUCUGUGCUCACGUCGUGCGUGUACUGCCUGCGUACCGCGUGUGCACACGCCUGUGUGUACUAAUUGUGUACGCCACGCGGAAGUCCAUGUAUCCCUUAGAAGCUUUCAGUCUCAUGGGACGACUGGCCUUCGCAGCCCAGCGCGUGGACCACUGACCAGGCAGAGCUAGGAUUCGACACACAGACGGGGGCAUGACGGAGUUAGUGUUAAGGUCACUCCAAUGGUUUCAUGUAGUGCAUUGGAAAGUCAGUGAUCAUUUUCGUAAAAAAAUCUCAUUCACAUAUAUGUUGCUUCAAGUAAACGUUUAAUUUUACACUUCCCAUCAGUCGUAUGGCCUAAUGGUAUUGAUUACAUAAUGUCAGCAAAAUUGGUUCAAUGCAAGCAAACUGGACCGGCUUAGACAGACAGCCCUUCAUUAGCAGAGUUUGUCUCGCUGGUGAACUGUCAGAUGUUUACAGGCAAAACCCUUCCAUUAGAUAUGGAUCCCUAGUUCGGCACUAAACUAUAAAAUAUACUUCACGCGCGUUAAAAUCGGUGUCGUUGUGAAUCUAAAUAAACAAUAAAUAAUCAGUUGUGGUCAGAUCUCUGACGUUGCCACAACGGCUCCUCCACGCUUGCACCAUCAGUUGAACAAUAACGAGCUGCCCUGAACAGAGCCACAGUGGGCCCUGCUGCCCACUCGUUUGUAUUGUCGAUGUUUUGGUCCCGUGUCAGUUGUAACAGAAUACUGCACAGUAUACAAGCAUGCCGUCUGCCUCCCCCACGUAUAAUAUAUCCCUCCACAUGAAAAAUAUUAAAGCAUUUUUACACAUCUCAUCAGCUACACGGCCUUUUGUGAGUACAUCGUUUCGGCAGCAUUGGUUAAGCCACGAGCAAAAGUGGACCGGUUUCGAUAUUUUGGGGUCUCGACGCACAUUCUCUGUUGUGCAUCAUCAGUCUUGCGUCGAACCAGGACCCAUACAUCUCACAGACAGGGCCCUUGCCUGUAACAUUUGGCAGUCCACCAACAUUGAUUCAAGUAAGCCUGGCUCUGCUGAUGAGACACUAAAUGUCAAACCCGGUCCAGAGUGUUGAUUGCAUUGAACCAGUGCUGCUGAUAUGACACACGACCAGAAGGAGGCCAUGUGUGACUGAUGGGAUGCGUAAGAUAAAAUAGUUUUUUUCAUGUGGAAGGACAUAUAUGUGACGGAGAAUCCGAUUUAUUUAUUUACGAUACUGAUCACUGACUAUUCAACGCGCUCGGUGAAACCAGUGGAGUUGACCAUAACCCCGUCUCCGUCUGUGUAUGCACCGUACGUUAGCGAACCGUGCUCAUCGGCGGUGCGGGGGACGGACAACAAACUACUGUACACACAAAAGAGCAGUUCUACAGAAAUUAAGUUUUCAAUCUGAAACGGAUUACCAGGUCCUGCAGCUGCUGGGGAAGGGAGCCUUUGCCUGCGUGUACCGGGCGCGCUCCGUGGGCUCCCUCAUCGAGGUCGCCAUCAAGAUGAUUGACAAAAAGGCGAUGAAGAAGGCCGGCAUGCUGAAGAGGGUCCGGAAUGAGGUGGAGAUCCACUGUCAGCUCAAGCACCCUUCAGUUCUUGAGUUAUACACGUGCUUUGAGGACCAAAACUAUGUGUAUCUGGUGCUGGAGAUGUGCAACAAUGGGGAAGUAGGACGCUAUCUCAAGGCCAAGGGAACGCCUUUCUCUGAAGAGCAAGUGCGCCACUUCAUGAAGCAGACGGUGCAUGGGAUGCUGUACCUGCACUCCCACGGAAUCCUCCACCGGGACCUCACGCUUUCAAACCUCCUACUCACGGCCGACAUGAACAUCAAGAUUGCCGACUUUGGUCUCGCUGCUCAGCUUCGGCUCCCGGAGGAAAAGCACUUCACCAUGUGCGGCACACCCAAUUACAUCUCCCCAGAGAUUGCCACCCGCGGGGCACAUGGGUUGGAGUCAGAUGUCUGGUCGCUCGGGUGUAUGCUGUACACGAUGCUGGUGGGGCGGCCGCCGUUUGACACGGACGCGAUUGGAACAACGCUAAACCGCGUGGUACUGGGAGAGUACAGUGAGCCGAUGCACCUCUCCAAGCCGGCGCGCUCCCUCAUCCACCAGCUGCUCCAGAAGAACCCAGUGGACCGGCUUGGUUUGGCCUGCGUGCUUGACCACCCCUUCAUGGCUUUACGUGGUGCCAGUAGUAGAAUGACCACAGAACGCGGAGUGAUCCGCUCACAUCCAAUGACGUCCCAAGGAGUGGAGGUGUCGAUGGACAGUGGCAACACCACCAUGUCCACUGCAGCAGUAACCGUGGAGAGAUCCCGGUCCGGCGCACGUUUGGUGAGUAGUAACAGGGAAACGUCUGCCCAGGCAUCACAGUCUGCGACCAGCUUCGGAUUCGAUGACGCGUUCCGCAGUACCUGCACCAGUGGGUUGGGUGGAGUGGAGGGCAGCGUGUGUCGCUCGGAGACGUCUUGCCGGAGCGAGAGAGACCGUAACGGCGACCACAGCACUCGCACUGGCAGUCGACCGGGACAUACCAACGCACGGAGUACUGGCAGCGGCAUCAGCACGAAUAUGCGGAGGGGAACCGAUGACCGCCAAGCAAAGACAGAUGUAAGGUGCCCAAGCCACACUGGAGCCCGCGAACCCGUCAUCACAGCCAGCACAGAGAGCCAGCGUUACGCUCAGAAGUUUGUGCAGCAUGGCCUGGGCUCGACGCGCGCCGGCACCGCACCCCGAGCGGAGACUGAACAGCCCAGUGGCUCGCGGCACGAAGAGCGCGGUAACGUGUGUGGGAGUUUGGUGGGGCGGAACACAUCCUCUUCUCACUCCGCCCUCUGCACCAGGGAAUGUCACCAGUCACUCAUGUCAGACAGAGUGGAUGGGGAUCGGCUGUGGAGCAACAACGCCUGCUUGGAUCUAGGCCGGAUAGCAGACACGGCGCUGUGUGAGCAGCACAGCUCACAGUCUGGCUGCCAAGGCCGCAACGUGGCGGGAGAGGCCCAUGGGCCCUGGGGGGGAUGCCAAACCACGGCGGCCUCCCGGGACCACGGGGAGGAUGGCAGGGAAGCACGGUGGGAGGGGGUGGCACCUGCGCUACCCAGCCACAGCGGCAGGCCGUUCACAGUGGCACCAUGCGGUAGUGGCGGUGGGACCAGUGAUGGAGGUGACGCUUUGCAAGGAACGAAUCGCUCGUCUGUGUUCGUGGGCUGCGCUGCUACCCCAUCGAGUGGCACUGCUGGUGGUAGAGGUGGUUGUGGUGUGGCCUCCCAGCCACACUGCCAUGGAGCCACAGAUCCCCGGCACUACCCUCCGGCAAGGGGACUCAUUCAGAAGCAAGCAGACGCUCGGCGUGGACAAGGGGUUGAGAGACGAGCGGACACGCAGGAGACACAGGCACACUGGCCCUCGGACGAUGUCAUGCCGAAAGAUGGCAGUGCAGGGCGUAACGUUAUUAGCCACGUCACGUCGCCUCUCAACAGCAUCCGCCUGCGGCCAAUUCGGCAGCUCACGAAGAACGCGGUGGUGAGCGUGCUGGAAGAUGGAGAGGUGUGUCUGGAGUUCCUGAAGGGGCGGAGUGGGCGGGAGCGAGUGCGGGAAGUUCUGCGUAUCUCCAGUGAUGGGCAGCAGAUCCGCCUCUAUCAGCCCAACGAAGGUCGAGGCUUUCCCCUGGACGACCGGCCUUCAUCACCCCCAGAGGAGGUCGUUAUCUACUCCUAUCACACACUUCCAGAGCCCUACUGGAAGAAGUACAAGUACGCUGCUAGGUUUGUGCAGCUGGUGCGCUCCAAGACGCCCAAGGUGACGCUCUACACCCAGCAUGCCAAGUGCACGCUCAUGGAAAAUUCUCCUCAACCGGACUUCGAAGCUUGCUUCUACGAUGGAGCCAAGGUUCACCGGGGUGGUGAAGCAAGCAUGCGUGUGAUUGAGCCCUCCGGCAGGCUCAGCGUGCUCGAUGGCUCUGUGGCCAUGGAUGGAGUGGGGGCGGCCGAGGGAGUGAGGACGUACUUGUGUCACGCAGAGCAAGUGUACAGGCAGUGUGUGGCACUGGAGGCACUGAUCUUGGCACAAGAAGACAAGUGUCACCCCAGCAUCUCCCUCUUCCCAAUCACAGUCUCCAGGCGCCCCUUAUACAUUGUGAAUCACCUACCAGCAGAGUCAGCGUCCCCUGCUACCCAAGAGGGGGUCACAAGGAUGGUCCAGCCCCCCUCUCCCAGCCAAGCGCCGACCCUCACCCCCUCUAUGCUGUUGUUUGACGGGAAGGCCAUGUCGGAGGCCUCGAGUCCCGUGUCGCUGGGCGAUUCGUCGGCGUGUGGCCGUGUGGAAGUUGUCCGCUCCGUGUUCGUGCCGCUCGUCGGCUGGGCCUCACAGUUGGCAUCAGGCGAAGUGUGGGUGCACUUUAACGAGGGCUGCCGGAUGCAGGUGCAUCCCACCGCCGCUUCCAUCGCAUUCACCGACUCCCUCGGAGUCACCAGCAGGUUCUCCCAGAAGGAUCAACUCCCUGAGCAGCUCAAGGACCGGCUGCAGAUCUUGCCGAGAGUUGUGGAGUUGCUGGCGACGUCGGGGCUGGGAGCCGGCGCCACCUCCACUCAUGACACCACAGGAAACGCUGGGUCAGGCAUCCUGCCAGGCUCGAGAGCGACAGGGAGGACACGCGGGCGAUGUGGUGGACAUAGGCUCUGAGCCGUCGUUGUGGUGUGCCCAAGGCUUACAUUUCUCACUGCUGAAAAUGUCUGGUCACUGGUGGAUAAGGGUAUACACAUGACUAGUAGCCAUGGAGAAAGGUGUACUGAAUGUGGUGGACCAUGUGUGGAAGUAUAUUUCAAACCUGGCUGAAAAUAAGUCGUACGUGAGGCCAAAAAUCAUUCGGUCUUGCAAAGCCUCUUGUGCCAGUGCGUGCAUGUGGCGAUGCAUGAGGGUGCACGGGAGAGGCGCAACCGCUGCUUGCAUUUGGCAUCUCCUGGAAUUUGCUGAUGGAAUGUUGUCAUCUAUUUAGGUGCAGUACUGGUUUUAAAUAAAGGGGCAUUAACUCUGGUGCUUUAAAUCAGCUACAAUGUGGCUACUCAUUCAGUUUGUAAAGCUAACCUCGUAUUUUUUGAAUACUUAAAUCUUUCUAUUUCAUAUUUAUAUUUUUAUACUUUUCCUUUCCCAAUGUUUUAUUAAAGAUGUGCUUAUGCUGUGAGAAUGGCAUGCAUUUUUGUACAUAAUGUUAAAAUGGGAAAAAAACUGCCUGAAUAAAAGAUGACUGCCAAAAAGUUUUAUUUUACAUUUGUCGAAAACAGUCGGUCACCUUGGCUUUACAAAAGUUAUCCACCACAAACUUAUCAAAAACUAGAGGCUACAGGUCAAUAGAUACGUGUGCACAGUUU